UGAAGGGACUGAAGCGAAACCUCUGCAGUGAACACAGAAUGAGAGUUAUGCUGUUAACCCUUUCACGCCAUUUCUGUACCACCAGCAAAAACAUCACAACAACCUUAAAAUCCUCAAACCUGAAAACCCCUUGUCGGUACAAGAAAGCUACUCUGUCACAAGCUCAACAGUCACUCACUGAUUACCUCCACGCCACAAGGUCCAUCCCUUACGCUUUCGCUGAUCAAAUUUCCAAAAACUCCAUUCAUUCCCUCUCCAAUCUCAUUUCAAAGUUGGGUUCUUUUUCAUCUUCUAAUUUCCCCAAGAAGCUUGACAAGUUCUUAAGGUACAACCCAAUUAAUGAAUUUGAGUUUUUCUUUGAAAGCAUUGGAAUUCAGUAUGCUCAAAUUUCUCAUUUGUUGCCUCAUGAUAAGUUCUUCUUUUCUGAAGAUGGGUCGCUUCUUGAUUCUGCUUGUGUGCUUUGUGAAUUUGGGUUUCCUUGGGAUAGGCUUGGGGUGCUUUAUGUGGAGAGUGGUUUUUUGUUUAGGAUGAGUGGUUCUGAGAUAAAGGGUAGGCUUUGUUGGUUUCAAAGAUAUGGUUUUUGUAAUGUGCAAAUUGUGGGGAUAUGUUUGACUUUUCCUUUUGUUUUUGGUGUGGAGGAAGGGAGAUUGGUUGAUGAGAUUGAUGGGUUGCUUUGUGAGUUGAAGUUGGUGUUUUUGGAUUUUGAUUUGGGUGGUUCUGUUGAAGGGAAUGUCGAUGUUUGGCAUGAGAUUUGUAGGAAAGUAAAAGUGUUUUAUGAUUUGAGUGAUGGUAAGGGGAAGAUAGGUGAACUCGUCGGAAGGAAUAAACAUGUCAUUCUUGAAUAUAGAGAAGAGGAUUUGAUUGAAAAAGUUGAGUAUUUUUGUAGAUUCGGUGUUGAGAAAGAGGAAGUAGGUCAAUUGAUUCUACAAGGUUCGGAGUUGUUGAAUCUUGAUUUUGAAAAGCCGGUGAUUAACGUGUUGAAGUUGUUGAAACAUGUUGGAAUGAGCUCUAAAGGUCUUGGUGAUGUAAGGAAGAAUUACGCUCAUGCGUUGGGAACAAUAAAAAUCGAGAAUCUUCCUAACGUCAUGAGGGCUAUGGGUUUACUAGAAUGGUUUUUUGAUAGAAUCAAGGAUGGGAAUCAUAUGCUUUUGGUGAAUUUUAUCGAAAGCUAUCCCAAUGAAGAACAUGAUAAAGUAUAUCAAAGUGGUUUGAAGACAAUUCAUAAUGCAAGAACACCGACUCACAAUAUGAGUAAAUUAAAUUUCAUGCAUGCUAAUGGAUUUGGUGAAAAUGCUAUGACCAUGAAUAUCUUAACUCACAUGCAUGGAACAAGUGAGGAGUUACAAAAGAGAUUUGAUUGUCUUCUACAUUUAGGGAUUGAAUUCUCGAAGCUGUGUAAGAUAAUCACAAAGCAACCAAAGGUUCUAAGCCAAAAUCCCGAAACACUAGAGAAAAAGAUUAAUUUCUUACGCCAAGAGAUGGGAAAGUCGUUAGAGAUUUUGGACACUUUUCCAGCAUUUAUAAGUUUUGACUUAGAGAACCGAAUUAAGCCGAGGUUCAGAUUCCAUAUGUGGGUUUUGGAAAAGGGAUUGUCUUCCAAAAACUAUUCCAUUGCAAGCAUGAUUGCAACUAGUGACAAGAAUUUUGUUGGCCGUGCUUUUAAAAUUCACCCGGCCGCUCCAAAACAUUGGUUUGAGCAAUUCUAUCCUAAAAAAUUUUGAGCUAUCAAGAUGAUCGAUCAUAUUACUUUUGUUGUGUAUGAAUUCCACCAUUUUCCCAAUUCAAUUUGUACAGAUCUCAUACUCUUAAUUACUUCCCAGCAUUUGGGGUUGAACACUAACCUAUUUGAUAUUCUUGAAACACUAAUCUAUUAGAGGUAUUUUUGCUUUGCGAUGAAAGUGAGACAUUUAAGUAAAAAUGUUUAUCUUGUUUUACUUCUUUUAGCCAUAUUUUCUUUCACUUUGUCAACAGUUUUACUCGAAAGAUCUGCAGAAUCAAGGUACUCACUGGCAACCGCAAUGCUUCUACAACCCCUCAAGUUGAAUCGUUAGGUAGAAGAUGAUCCUCUUUGUUUUUUAUUCAUUUCUAUUGCAGCUUCAUGUGCAGUGCAAUAUUGUGAGGGAAAUAUUCUGAAUGUCUUCAUUCAAGUGCCUCACUAUCAUAUGGAGUAUGAAAGAGAUGCUUGUAUCUGCCCAGAUGCAUUUCAGAUUUUCUUCAUUCCUUUUCUAUAUAUACAUAUAAGUCACCGAGAAUUGCUUCCAAUCCUUGUUCACAAUAAAAAAAAAGUGUUUUAUUAGGCAGCAAAGCCAUUAUUUUGUAUAUUAAUCACAGUGAUGUAAUAUAGCAGCCAACCUUACCAUUCAUAUUGAUUAAUCACAAUUGCUCUAUUUUAUUAUCAUUCA